AACGCGUGUUCCGUCGUCGCCAUCCAAUGCCGGUCUCAGAUCUGGAUUGAGAAAGCCACCGCUUUCAAUCCGCCGGGAAUGUUAUGCAACUGAGGCAUGGCGGAGGGUGGUCGUUGACUGAUUGGUGGUGGGUUGUCACCGACUACCGCCACGGCAUCUCCCUCGCCUUCCUCCUCGCUUGGGUCGCCGGGAGAAGAAUGACGGUGGCGACAAAGACGAAGAAGUCGCCAGGAAAAAAGAAGAUAGGUUGGACACGAUAGUCCCACCACUAUUCUCCAAUU